CAAGCGCCUGCUGGUGGGCUUUGACCCGUAUGGAAAGGAUGCCGGUGCGUUAUAGAGCAUGUUAACUCUUUACAGAACCUUCAGCUUAGACUGCAAUAGGAGUUGAUUAGUACUAAAUCUGUAUGGAUAGCUAGUGUACGACAAUUAACGAUAGAGAUCAAGAACUAGAUGAAGAUUUCCGCGAUAUGAAAUCCUAGGGUUGGGUAUCGAAAGGAUCUCUUCCCUGUUAUGCGAUCAACUACAUCUGUCGUCAAUCUUGAUAAUUGGGAGUUCAUGACUAGGAUAUAGAGGAGAUAUUGGCUAUAAAGAUGCCAGCCUUUUCUUAUGCCCUCACCGCAAUUUGGCACAGACCAAUCCAUCUUUUUGUUGUCUCCCCUCAAAGUAGUUCCCUAUCGAUCCAACAUGUUUUGUAUCACGAGCCUUGUCAUAUCCUUGAAAGCCCUCAUUUUCACCUCGGAAAAUGGAACUAUAAUCAGUGCAAGACCAACAGCUCUCGAUGCGACGAGAGAAGUUACUGCGAAAUAUAAGAACGUUCCACCAAUGUCCAAAUCAGGCCGACCAACAGAACAGCCAAUCGAUGUUAUUAAGGCUGAGAAAGAGUUUGGGAUAUCAUUUUUCAAAGAUUUCUCUCAAAUCCUUAUUCAGAAUGGACAAUACCAUAUGGUAUUCGAAGCUCGGUUCCAGGGGCAUCCCCACGAGAUCAAUCUCGUGUCAUGCCCACAAAUUAUUUGUGCUCAUAGUCUUUCCGAGGAGGACCGGACAGCCCUUCAAUACAAAGUCGAGGGUAUCAAGGGACAAAUACCUGAACCAGUCUGGAGAGAGCUCAACGAGCGGUACAAUAUAAGAAGAAAGGACUGGCUUGUGAUUUCCAAAGAAACUUGA